CUCUGUCCAAACGAUCCUCUCUGUACAUACACGCAAGAUGGCACCAUACGACAGUGACGACUCGCUCGACGAAGACCAGGACUUCACGGAGACCAACGUCCUACUGGGGUAUGCCUCUACAGACGCAGAUGAAGACACAAUCAGCCGCCUAGGAGGCAGACCAGAAUGGAUCGACCCCUCGAAACCGCCGUCCGCGUCCCUGGCCCGCUGUAAGGUCUGCAAUGACCUCAUGGUGGUCCUCCUCCAACUCAAUGCCGAGCUGAACGAGCGGUUCCCCGGCCACGAGAGGCGGCUGUACGUGUUCUCGUGCCGGCGCAAGUCGUGUCGGCGGAGGGAGGGCAGCAUACGUGCCGUGAGGGGCGUGCGUAUCUCGCCCGACGCGGCUGCCAAGGCCAAGGAGCGCAAGGAGAAGGAGCAGCGAGACAAGGAGGAGAGGGAGAGGGCGGAGGCGGAGAGGAAGGAGAAGGAGAAGGGGCUGGGCGAGGCGCUGUUCGGCGUCCAGGGGAAGGGCGCUUUCGGGGCGAGUGGAGCUGUGAACCCGUUCUCUUCGGGUGGUGGUUCCGCAGGCGCGAACCCUUUCGCGAAGCCCGGCGCCAACCCCUUCAGCAAAGCGAGCAGCGAGACGACACAAGCACAAAGCACAACGGAGCCCGAGACACAGCCCGAGACCACAUCUUCGAAAUACUCGACAAAGGACCUGCCAAAGACCUUCGCCGAGACCCUCUCCCUCAACAACCCCCAAGAAGCCUCGAAAAGCGGGCCACCACCCCCGCCAGAGCCCUGGCCGCCAGAGGCCGAGCAGCCCAAGCCGUUCCCGCUAAGCUACCUCGCCGACGCCGACUACGAGACGCUGGACCCGAUCCCAGCACCGAAGGACGUGCCCACCAACAUGGAGAUCGACGACGGUGCCGGGUCCAGCGGUGGCGGCGGCGGCGGCAAGGAGGACAAGGAGGUCUUCGAGAGCACCAUCGACGGCACGUUCCAGAAGUUCGCGGACCGGCUCGCGCAGAACCCGGACCAGUGCAUCCGGUACGAGUUUGGCGGGCAGCCGCUGCUGUACAGCAAGACGGACGCCGUGGGCCGCCGGCUGCACCACGACGGCGGCGGCAGCGGCAGGAUCCCGCCGUGCGAGAACUGCCGCGGCGAGAGGGCGUUCGAGGUCCAGCUCGUCCCCGGGGCGAUCGCGGAGCUGGAGGCUGAGGAGGACGGCCUCGAGGGUAUGGACUGGGGCACCGUCAUCGUGGGGACGUGUGCUACGGACUGUGUGCCGGCUGGUACUGUGGAUGGCGAGGCUGGGUAUCUGGAGGAGUGGGCUGGUGUGCAGUGGGAGGAGCUCACGCAGAGAAGAUAGAAGGUGGUGAUAGAUGUUGCUGUCCUGCAGCUCAACCAAGCCUGAUUUUCAGGGGAGAGACAUCUAGAUCUCCUGUCUGCAUGGCCUAAGAGUAUAGCGCAUUCAUUGAUGGUUCACGAGGCACACACUAAAAGAAAUUUACGUAUUUGUGUUGUUUGCUCGACAUGAUAUGGCUUGCCGACUUUGAAUGAUAGAGAGGAUUUUUCAAGUCUGAUGA